AGUAUCCUAAGAAGAGAAUAGCAACAACAUACGUAAUAAUGUAAGCGAAUGAUCGCACCCAUGGAUGAACGAACAUUCGAAUGUUGUUGAUUUCCAAUUACAAAACCCACCCACAUAAAAUGGGAUUCUUAUUGACUUGGCACCAGCUUCACGGGUGGAGCAUUGUUCGGGUCCUCCACUUCUUCUGCACCCAACACUCUCUCUUGAUAACUGUGUUUGAUAAAUUCAAUGCCCCCCACAUUUCCCUUAAUAUUCCCCCAAUUCGUCUUCAUCAACCCUACCCUACUGCUUUUAUAAUUCUAAAUGCUUCCGGCUCAUGAAUGCGGUCAUGUUCAUGAUUAAGAUAUAGUGACAUUCAUUGUUAGAGCUCGCAUAUAAUCAAGACACUUUAAAAAUGGAAAGGGAAUGCAACAAAUCCUUAAAACUGUUAUUAACACGCAGAAUCAAGGAAUUGAAUGAUAACGGCUUUGAGGGUUCACUAGACGACAACGACAUUUUCAAAGAUGUGUUUUUCGGCCAUGAAAAUGGCAGAAGUAGUAAAAGGUGUGUUGUAACCGGCGCGAUCAAUUUCGAAAAUGACAACAAUACCCCUAACCACUUACCAAAUCUAUCAAACAGUGACCAUUCGGUUAUGACAAACGAGGAGCAUCCCAACGAGUUCACGGGAUUGAAGCGAAGGAAGUUGUCAGAUGCAGAACGUUCCAGCGAUAACUCAUGUUUGUGCCAACCGGCUUCCAUCGUAACAUGUCGUUUGGUCGAAUCAUCUGUCCGAGGUGUCAAAUCCAGUUGCUAUUUGCUUAAAGGGCGUAUUCGCAAUCGUGAUGUCAACAGAUGUCGAUUAUGUCAUUCCGACACUAAUUAUCCAAAAGCAGAUGAUGUGAUUAAGGUUAACGUUUCGCCAGCCUCCCAAGAAAGUCGAGCUACCGUUCCAUGUUCCAAGAAAGUCGGAAAAGAUUCAUCCGUUAUGGAACGUAACGAAGAUGACAUCAGCGAGAGCAGCACUCGACUAACACCAGGUACAGCAAUCAAUGAUCAUGGAAGCUGCAAAACCAAGUCAAAGUCAAAGCCAAAGUCAAAGCCAAAGUCAAAAGUCAAGAAAUCGGUUAAGCAUGAAAAGGGUAGAGCUAAAAAUAGCAGUCCUGGGGAUUCUUCUACCAAACUAAAAGGCGUAAAACGGAAUACUCAUUUCCGGAAUGUUCCAAAGAAGUCGAAAAACCGAAGAGGCAGUUGCAGGCUGCUUCCACGUAGGCUGGAAGAGAGUUGGUCUGGCUGUAAUGUACGAACAGUAUUAUCGUGGCUAAUAGAUUUCGGGAUUAUACACGUCAAUGAAGUUAUCCAGUACAGGAACCCACGCGAUAAUUCAGUGGUCAAAGACGGUAUAAUAACCCAAGAGGGUAUAUUAUGCAAGUGCUGUGAGAAGGUGUUUUCGGUUUCGAAGUUCAAGAGGCACGCGGGUUUUAGCUUGAAUUGUCCGUGUUUAAAUCUUUUUAUGGGGUCGACGAAAUCCUUUAUUUUGUGCCAAAUGGAAGCUUGGUUGACUGAAUAUAAAGUCAAAGGCACCAUAGGCGCGGUACGCGUUGAAGAAUUUGACCAAAAUGAUGAUUGUUGUGGUGUGUGCGGUGACGGGGGUGAGUUAAUAUGCUGUGAUAACUGCCCGUCGACUUUUCAUCAAGCGUGUUUGUUUGUGCAGGAGAUACCCGAAGGCGAGUGGUAUUGUCCAAAUUGCUCUUGCUGGAGUUGCGGGAACAUUAUCAAGAAUAACGAGACGACUGUCCUGAAGUGUUUGCAGUGUAGACAUAAAUACCACAAGAAAUGCGGUAAGGAGACUGGACAUGGAAGUGGAUCGAUACCUUCUACCUGGUUAUGUAGUGACAGCUGUAAGGAGACUCACAUGGGCCUUGAAACACGGGUCGGGCUUAUGAAUUCAACAUCUGAUGGUUUCUCAUGGACCCUCUUGAAGUGCGCUCAUGUAGACGAAAAGCUUCUUUCUAAUCAACAUUUUGUUGCACUGAAAGUCGAAUGCAAUCUGAAACUGGCCGUUGCUUUAACAAUUAUGGAGGAAUGUUUUCUUCCUAUGGCGGACCCGAGAACAGGCGUUAAUAUGAUACCCCAUGUAUUGUACAAUCUCGGAUCAGAAUUUGCGCGUGUCAACUAUGAAGGAUUCUACACUGUGGUCUUGGAGAAAGAUGACAUGUUACUUAGUAUAGCAUCCAUAAGGAUCCAUGGAACAGAAGUUGCAGAAUUGCCGCUUGUUGCAACAUCCAGCAAAUAUCAGCGCCAAGGAAUGUGUAGGCGUCUCAUGAAUGCCAUUGAAGAGCUGCUGAAGUCGUUGAAGAUCGAGAAGCUGGUGCUGUCUGCCAUCCCCGAUUUAGUUGAAACAUGGACCAACAGCUUCGGUUUCAGCCGCUUGGAACCGGAAGAGAAGAAGAAGCUGAGCAAAACUAACCUAAUGGUGUUCCCAGGAACAGUAUGGCUCAAGAAGCCCAUGUACCAAAAGCCCAUCCAAAGUACUCCAACAGAAGCAAAAUCUUCACAUCUGAAUUUGGAUCUUAAAGAAGAUAGGAUAAUGUGCAAGGGAUUGUUGCAGAAAGAUGGAAACAAAGAUGAUGGUGUUGAUUUGAAGCUCUUAAAUGAAGAACAAAUUUUAAGACUUAAAGGAAGUUGUGAGAUGGUUUGUGGUGUGAAAUGAUGAUAUUAAUAAUAAAAAUAAUAAUAAUGUUAGGAAAAGAGGUUUUGCUACAAACAUGUAAGCAAUGAGGUUGUAAAUAUUUAAGAAAAUGAAGAUGGCAGAAGGGAAGGCCAAGUUUUGCAAUUAGAGGAAGUAUGAACACAAUUUGUAGUGUAGGCAGCAUGUGCUAAUUUUCAGUGUUUUAAGUUUUUAAGUAAAAAUAAAGCUGGGAAGAAAGAGAGGUUCAAUUUGUAUUACUAUCUUAUCUUCUUUAUUAAUAUGGUUUAUGUUCA